UUGUCUUGUCAUCGCGUCGAAGUGUUAUAGACACAAGUCGAACGUAACAUAAACACAACCCGCCCCCACUUUCAGCACAGUUCAAAGCCAUGCGCGGUCGCUGGACCCGCUGGGGUCGUAUAACGCGCGCCGAGACGCGAAUUCACCCUAACGUUUUCGGUAGUGACUGCAGUGCGUCUUAAUUCAGUGAUAAAAGUAUACUGAGUGAAUUUUUGAGUGAUGAAUUAGGUGACGAUUAUGAUAAAAGACAAUAAAAUGAAGGCAAAAAACGACGAUUUAGACAUGCAGCCUGAGUUGCAGGAACUUUUACAGAAGCCAAAUAAUUUGGCAUUAAUAUCUGAUAGAAGAAAACCGACAAUAAUCCCCAGUCAAGUUUCGAACCGAGACAAGUCGAAGGUCCCUCCGGUUGAGGUUCAGGAAGAAGAGAAUGACGUGGUGUCCUCGGUGAUCGGCAACUACGGGCCCUGGCAGCUCCUCAUCACGUUCCUGCUGGCUCUCUUCUCGUUCCCCUGCACAUUCCAUAUCUACCUCCCCACUUUUACGGCUAAAACAACAAACUUCUGGUGUAGAAGACCGGAAAAUUUAUCAAGUUUACCUUUAGAGAACUGGAUCAACUACAGUCAACCAAUUGACGCGUGCAGUGUGCGAGUUCUUCCACCCAGCAUCACAGCUGAGAGUAUUCUAAAUGGGACAGCACCUUUGAUAGAUUCUUUCAUGAAAUGUCAAGCUUGGGACUACGAUCGAUCAGAAGUAGGAAAUACGAUUAUAUCAGAAUGGAGCCUCGUUUGUGACAGAGCCUACCUUACAAGUUUGGCAGAAGUUGUGUUCUUAGUCGGUGUUGGCAUAGGAGGCGUCGUGGGUGGAUGGAUUUCGGACAAGUUUGGCCGCAAGCGCAUUUUGAUGGGAAUGGCAAUAGCUCAAAGCGCAUUGGCUAUUCUAGCUUUGCUGGUUCGAUCGUUCAUUCAGUACGUCAUAGUGAGGCUAGUGAUGGGAUUGGUAUCAGUGUCUGUGGUGUAUGCAGCCUUCGUGUUGUCAGUGGAACUGGUGGGUGGCAAAUGGGUGACCAUUGCCGGCGUCUGCAACUUCUUCCCGUUGCCGCUAGCGUAUGUGAUCGUAUCGCUCAUGUCGUUACUGCUCCCAAACUGGAGAGACCUACAAUUAGCUUUGUCUAUUCCUGGGUGUCUUCUACUUGUGUUAUGGUUUGUUUUCCCGGAAUCUCCAAGAUGGCUUCUAAGCAUGGGAAGAACACAAGAAGCAAAAGCAAUCCUCAUAAAAGCCGCAAAAUUCAAUAAACGAGAAGUACCAGUAGAUUUGGAUAAGAUGUUAAUGGCGCACAAGCCCGAGCCUGGGAAUUCGGAAAUAAGCGUGUUGUUUCUCUUCAAGGGACACCUACGAAAAAGGACGAUCUGCCUCUUCAUCGCUUGGUUCUCCAUGACGAUUGCUUAUUAUGGACUCUUGCUGAAUAUUGGGAACUUUAACCUUGGAAAUUUGCACGUCACAUCAAUAAUCUUGGCUGUAGUAGAAAUCCCAGCAAUAGCGAUAAGUAUCCCUAUAUUAUUGAAGGCAGGGAGGCGCAUUCCAACCUUCAUAAGUAUGAUAGUGUGUGGAUUAGCUUGUGUUGCUAGCGAACUUUUCACUAUGUCCAUAAAAGAAGACUGGGUUGUCAUUGUUUGCCUCACGAUUGGAAAGUUCGCUAUUGGCUCAACCAAUAUGAUGCUUCCGAUUUUUACCGCAGAACUGUAUCCAACAGUGAUAAGGAACCUCGGAGUUGGCGCCAGUCAAAUAGCGGCAGGGCUUGCCCUGAUUGGAAUACCGUACUUAUGGAGAUUGACGGCAUUCAGUGUCCACUUGCCAAUGAUGACGAUUGCAGUGCUCAGUGCGAUCGGUGGAGGCAUCGUGCUCUUACUACCAGACACCGCCAACAAGGCGCCCCCCGCCGUUACAGGGAAUGUCACGCCUACGUUUGACAGUGCUUCUCCUUGUAACGGAACGUUUACAGUCUCAGACGAUAGAGGGCAUUAGUGAUUGGAAUAGUGUGAAAAUGAAACUCAUAGAGUUAUAUAUGUAUGUAGAUUUAUGGAAUAGUGAUAUACAUAUGUGAAUGAAUGAAAAAGUGAGAUAACAUAACGAAUUUAAUAAUUUAAGUUAAGGUUCAUUUUAAAUGUAUUUUAGGAUAGGAACUGCUAUUUCUUAAAAUUAUAUUAGGUACCUUACACUAUACUGAAAAUCAGAUUUACGAGAGAUUUCUCUUUGAUUUAGAGGAAGGAAAAUUUCUGAAAAUUCUGUAAAUUAAUUUAUAUUUAUGUUGGUAUAUUUGUAACCCUUUACAAGCUAAAGUACCUAGUACCAUGAACAAUUUUAUAAUAAGAUGUAGGUAGUUAUUAUUUGUACAAAAGUUGAUAUCGAUACUUAUUUAUAGGAAAUAUUUAAAUGUGUAAGUGCAUAAUUAGACUUUUAAUUUUAUGAAUGUUAUUAGAGCGGCCGGUUCGCAAAUAUAAGGCUUUUUUAUCUGCGGCACAACAAGAAUUUUGCCAUUGUGUAAAUAUAUUUUUCGAUUCAUUCAAGUUUUUCUUAAGUAUCAAAUGUAACAUUAUAAAAGUACGGAUUUAUUUUCAUAUUUUUAAGACAAAUAGUACCUAAUACUUCGAGUGCGUCUUCUUCAGACGUCAUUACCAAUUUGUUCUUAAUUUUGUACAUAGUUAAAAUAUUGAUUUUUUUGUUUCGCGUAAUGUCGUACAUUUGAUUAUUACUAUAUUAUCUUUUAAGAUUUUUGGAAUCACCUCUCUAAGUUAUUCCUCAUUUUAUUAUUAAUGCAGUUUUCAAAAUUUUGUUUUUGUCAUGUAGGUACCUACACGUACUACACGUGUUUUAAAAAUGUUGUGGAGCAUUUUUAUUUAGCUACUUAGUUCAUACAAUGUAUGAAUAUUGCAUUUUCAUAGCAUAUUUCAUUGAGUGCAGUAACUUAAAUAGUUAGUAAGCACCUUUUGAAUGUAAGAAGUAUUAUAUUGUUUAUUCGUACCUGUUCUCAUUAAGUUAUGUAACUUACCAUUAAAUAUUUAAUCUCUUCGUCACAUAAAUGGAAAACGAGACAUCAAUGAAAAGUAUUUGUUCUGUAAUGUAAAAAUAGUUGUUCUUGACACUUUUUUUCCAAUUUAUUAUACAAGUGGUCGAGUAAAUAUUAAAAAUGUGUUAUUUUCAUCACAAAAAUGAAGUUACCAAUAUAAAGCAUAAAACUAUUGAAGUAUAGUUUUAUACCUUUCAUUUAUUAAAUAUACAUGGCAUGCAUAUCAUUAUUGUGUAAUAUUAUACCAACUAUAAUGUAUAUAAUGUAUGUUUGUUUGUAAGUAUGCAUUUGUGCCACUAACCAGUAGAUAUGUUCUGUUUUAUAACUUCAAUAUAAAUCUGAUUGAAAAGACAUUAUUUAGUUUUCUGUGAUAACUUCAGAUAUUAUUAUCACUUAUCCAUAGAAUAGCCAGCUGAACGUAGUCUUUCAGUACUUUUAAGACUGUUGGCUCUCCCUACCCCGCAAGGGAUAUAGACGAUUAUAUGUAUGUAUUUAUUACCUAUUCCCUAUAAUUUAAUUUACUAACAAUAUUUCUCAAGAUUUCCAGCCAGUUCACAAAUAAAUUGUACAGAACUCUUUAUUUUUCUAAUGCAACCAAUUUUAGAUUAGUGAGGAAGCUGUACUAUAAAAAAAAAAACAUAUUAAGCUGCAACUUAGGCUUGUACUUAUAUACAAAAAUAAAAUAUCGCUACGAGUGAUGAUUUUUUUAUCUAUAGAUAGAAAACCAGUAUAUCUGCUCCGGAUGUCUGUAUUAAUUUAAUUUGUAGGUAUUAAGCAAGUUUGUG